AUGGAAUCUGCAAAUGGGAGAAGAUGUGAUGAUCUCUUGGGAAUGGAUGCUCUUCAGUUUCAACUACGAGAUUUGUUGUUGGACAAGAGAUAUCUGCUUGUAUUGGAUGAUGUAUGGAACGAGGAUGAGGAUGAAUGGGAUAAGCUUAAAACGUUGCUUAGUUUUGGUGCAGAGGAAAGCAAAGUUAUUGUCACAACGAGAAGUGCAAAGGUUGCAGAAAUAGUUGGAACAGUGUCUUCUCACCAUCUGAAGGGUCUAUCUGAUGACGAAUGUUGGGCUUUGUUCAAACAACGUGCCUUUUCUCAUGGCCAAGAGGACAGGAACAACACAAACUUGUUCCCUAUUGGGAAACAAAUAGUGAAGAAGUGUGGGGGAGUUCCUCUCGCUGCAAAGACACUGGGUGGUCUAAUGCGCUUCAAAAGAGAGCCAACAGAGUGGCUACGUGUGCAAGAAUGUGAAGAAAAUGAAUUUGGCGACGUAAUAGAAUGCAGAAUGCAUGGUAUUAUUCAUGAUCUUGCAAAAUCUGUUGCGGGGGAAGAGUACUUUGUAUUUGAAGGUGGACGCAUGCCAAGAAAUUUUGCUAAACUGCGAAGCCUUGUACAAGCUAAGAAGUUGCGAACUCUAAUUUUGUUGUAUCUAAAAGGUGAUCUUGGUGAAGUCCCAACUAAGUUGUUCUCAAGUUUCAAGUAUCUCCGAGUCCUAGAUUUGGGUAAUUGUGGCAUCAAAAGGGUGCAGGACACAAUUUCUUGCUUGAAAUAUUUGAGGUACCUCAACCUUUCAAAUACGUUGAUAGAAAUGUUACCAGAAAGCAUAUGCAGGCUUCAUAACUUGCAGGUGCUGAACCUGUCAGGCUGCUUUGAUCUCAUUAAACUACCGAGCAGCUUGUCACGACUGCUCUCGCUAAGACAUCUUGUAAUAAAGGGUUGCGAAAGAUUAACUCGCUUUCCAGGUAACUUCAGUAGACUUACAUGUCUUCAGACAUUGCCAUUGUUCGUUGUUGCAAGUGAGGCUAAUUUCAGGGGAAAUGCUAAUCUCAUGGACCUGAGACGUCUGCAGCUCAAAGGAGAGCUGACCAUUAGAAAACUGGAGAAUGUAAAGCGUGAAUUUUCAGCUCAAGCGAACUUAGAAGAGAAAAACCUUCGUUCUUUGGAGUUAUCAUGGGGAGAUGAUCAUGAAGGUUUGAACUUGAACAUGAGCAAUGAUUUUAUUUGCAAAAUGGGAGAGAAUGUGCUCGAAUGUCUUCAACCACCGGAAAAUCUCAAACGUUUAUCCUUAAAAGGAUAUCCAGGAACCUUCUUCCCAAGAUGGAUGUGUACUCCCAAACUUCUUGGUUUAACUAAAUUAGAGUUGAUCAACUGCAAUAGAUGUCACCAUCUCCCUACUUUAGGGGAACUUCCAUUCCUAGAGGUUAUCUACAUGUGUGGAAUGAAUGCUGUGAAGACUAUUGGCCGUGAGUUCUAUGGAGAAGACACGAGGAGAUUGUUUGGAUCAUUAAAGGAGCUAACUCUCAUAGACUUCCCUGAUUUGGAACUCUGGUGGAGCAUAAAUGGGGGUAAAGAAUUUCAGUCACUUGUUACAUUAACGAUCAAUAAAUGCCCUAAGUUGAAGAACAUGCCGCAAUUUCCGUCGGUUAAGCGUUUAGAAUUACGGAACUGCCAUGAAACUUUGUUAAUGUCGGCGAUAAAUGUAUCCUCACUUUCUAUCCUAGUUAUUGCUGUUUUUACAGGACAGUUGAUUUUUGGGGAACCUCGUCUCUCUAAAACAUUGACAAUUCGUUGGUGUGAGGAGCUUGUAUCUCUGCCGCAGCAAUUGCAAAACCUCAGCUGCCUGCAGUCUCUGGAGAUCAGUGAAUGUCAUAGCCUUUCAGCUCCACCCCAGAGUAUAUCCGGGUUAGUCUCCCUUAAACAUUUAUCCAUUGAGAACUGCAGUAACAUAAGCUUGUUACCAAUUGGACUGCAACAUCUUACCUCUCUCGAGCAUUUAACGAUAAUGUAUUGUCCAAAUUUGGUUUCUUUGCCAAAUGAGUGGCAAAACCUUUCCAUGCUGAGGAGUUUGUGCAUUUUAAGCUGUCCACAGCUAUCAUUUCUGCCUGAUAGUCUUCAAUAUGCCAAUACACUGCAAAAUCUGGAAAUCCAUGGUUGUCAUGGCUUAAAUGCGUUGCCUGAGUGGAUCUUAAAUCUUUCACUUCUAAGAUCUUUGGCAAUAUCAGAUUGUCCUAAUAUCACAUCACUUCCAGACAACCUUCAAUGCCUCGGCAAUCUCCAGCGUCUUUCUAUUCAAGAAUGUCCUAGGCUUGAAGAACAUUACAAGAAAAUAUAG